AUGAUAAUUCAGAGCCCAUGCUCCACACCGGCUCUUGUCUGGGGUUGUCAGGAGGGGAGAGUUGGGAGAGGCUUUGCUGCUGAGGAAAUUUGUUUGGUAGAUUGAAGGUUUGAACAGAGCUACAGAAACGAAAGAGGAAAAAUCCGUACAAGCCAAUGGUGUUUGGGAAGAAAAUAACCCCGUUGCCUUGAGUUUGUAGGUGCCACUACUACUCUGGGAAAAUGGCAGAUGACGAAGAAUAUGAGGAGGUGGUGGAGUAUUACACAGAGGAAACAGUCUAUGAAGACGUACCAGGGGAGACAAUAACAGAAUUCUACGAAACUACGACAACAAGGACAUCUGACUAUGAGCAAUCAGAAACCUCCAGACCGGCCCUGGCACAGCCAGUACCUGAAAAGCCGGUGGAGAGGAAGAGGGUUAUUCGAAAGAAGGUGGAUCCUUCAAAGUUCAUGACCCCCUACAUUGCACACAGUCAGAAAAUGCAGGAUCUCUUUAGCACAAAUAAAUACAAGGAGAAGUAUGAGAAAGCAAAAGGGCAGCCAUAUGCCAUCACAACCGAUACCCCAGAACUUCGCAGAAUCAAGAAAGUUCAAGAUCAACUCAGUGAGGUUAAGUAUCGAAUAGAUGGCGAUGUUGCUAAAACUAUUUGUCACGUCGACGAAAAAGCAAAGGACAUUGAACAUGCAAAGAAAGUGUCGCAGCAAGUCAGUAAGGUUUUAUACAAGCAGAACUGGGAAGACACCAAGGAUAAGUACCUGCUUCCUCCUGAUGCCCCUGAACUUGUCCAGGCCGUCAAAAACACAGCCAUGUUCAGUAAGAAACUAUACACUGAAGACUGGGAAGCUGACAAAACUUUGUUUUAUCCAUAUAACGAUAGCCCGGAGCUGAGGAGGGUCGCCCAAGCCCAGAAAGCUCUCAGUGACAUUGCCUACAAAAAAGGUCUUGCUGAACAGCAGACUCAAUUCACAUCUCUGCCAGAUCCUCCAGAUAUAGAAUUUGCCAAGAAAGUAACUAAUCAAGUGAGCAAGCAAAAAUACAAGGAAGACUAUGAAAAUAAAGUCAAAGGCAAAUGGAGUGAGACACCUUGCUUUGAAAUUGCAACUGCCAGAAUGAACUCCAAUAACAUUAGCACAAAAAAAUACCAGGAAGACUUUGAGAAUAUGAAAGACCAGAUCUACUUCAUGCAGACCGAAACCCCAGAGUACAAAGUGAAUAAACAAGCUGGGGUGGCAGCUAGCAAGGUAAAAUACAAAGAAGACUAUGAAAAGAAUAAAGGAAAAGCAGACUAUAAUGUACUUCCUGCUUCAGAAAACCCACUGCUUAGGCAGCUGAAGGCGGCAGGAGAUGCCCUGAGUGAUAAACUAUACAAGGAAAACUAUGAAAAGACAAAGGCAAAGAGCAUAAAUUACUGUGAGACGCCCAAAUUUAAGCUUGAUACAGUUCUGCACAACUUCAGUAGUGAUGCUAAAUAUAAAGAUUCCUACUUAAAGAAUAUUUUGGGACAUUAUGUAGGCAGCUAUGAGGAUCCAUAUCAUACACACUGCAUGAAAGUCGCAGCUCAGAACAGUGAUAAAAACUACAAGGCAGAAUAUGAAGAGGACAGAGGUAAAGGCUUCUUCCCCCAGACCAUAACUCAAGAAUAUGAAGCGAUCAAAAAACUAGAUCAAUGUAAAGAUCACACCUACAAAGUCCAUCCAGAUAAGACAAAAUUCACUCAAGUUACUGAUUCUCCUGUUCUGGUGCAAGCUCAAGUCAAUUCCAAGCAGCUGAGUGAUCUAAAUUACAAAGCGAAACAUGAAAACGAAAAGUUCAAGUGUCAUAUACCUCCAGAUACGCCUGCCUUUAUCCAGCACAAAGUCAACGCCUAUAACCUGAGCGAUAAUAUUUAUAAGCAUGACUGGGAGAAGACCAAAGCUAAGAAGUUUGACAUUAAGGUGGACGCCAUUCCCCUGCUGGCAGCGAAAGCCAACACCAAGAUCACUAGUGAUGUGAUGUAUAAGAAAGACUAUGAGAAAGCCAAAGGGAAGAUGAUUGGAGCUCUCAGUAUUAAUGACGACCCCAAGAUGCUGCACUCUUUGAAGACGGCGAAAAACCAGAGUGAUAGAUUAUACAAAGAAAACUAUGAGAAGACAAAGGCAAAGAGCAUGAAUUACUGUGAGACUCCUAAAUAUCAGCUUGAUACCCUACUGAAGAACUUCAGUGAGGCUAAAUAUAAAGAUUCAUAUGUACAGAAUGUUUUGGGACAUUAUAUAGGCAGUUUUGAGGAUCCAUAUCAAGUACACUGCAUGAGAGUUUCAGCUCAGAACAGUGAUAAAAAUUACAAAGCAGAAUAUGAAGAAGAUAAAGGGAAAUGCUAUUUCCCUCAGACAAUAACACAAGAGUACGAAGCAAUCAAGAAGCUGGACAAGUGUAAAGAUCACACCUACAAAGUUCAUCCAGAUAAGACCAAAUUCACAGCCGUCACUGAUACUCCUGUCCUGUUGCAAGCCCAGCUCAACACCAAGCAGCUUAGUGAUCUGAAUUACAAGGCAAAGCAUGAAGGUGAGAAGUUCAAGUGCCACAUACCAGCAGAUGCUCCACAGUUUAUACAACACAGAGUCAACGCCUAUAACCUGAGUGAUAAUAUUUAUAAGCAUGACUGGGAGAAGACCAAGGCUAAGAAGUUUGACAUUAAGGUGGACGCCAUUCCCCUGCUGGCAGCCAAAGCCAACACCAAGAUUGCUAGUGAUGUGAUGUACAAGAAAGACUAUGAGAAAAGCAAGGGAAAGAUGAUUGGAGCUCUCAGUAUUAAUGACGACCCCAAGAUGCUGCACUCUUUGAAGACGGCCAAAAACCAGAGUGAUCGUCAAUAUCGUAAAGACUAUGAAAAGUCAAAAACUAUCUACACGGCACCUCUUGACAUGCUCCCAAUCACUCAUGCUAAGAAAUCUCAGGCAAUUGCCAGUGAUGUGGACUAUAAGCACCUCUUACACAAUUACAGCUACCCGCCUGACAGCGUUAAUGUGGACCUUGCCAAGAAGGCUUAUGCACUGCAGAGCGAUGUCGAAUACAAAGCUGACUACAACAGCUGGAUGAAGGGUUGUGGCUGGGUGCCAUUUGGGUCCUUAGAGAUGGAAAAGGCAAAGCGAGCCUCAGACAUUCUGAAUGAGAAAAAAUAUCGCCAACAUCCAGAUACUCUCAAGUUUACUUCAAUUGAAGAUGCUCCAAUUAUAGUACAAUCUAAGAUUAACCAGGCCCAGAGGAGUGAUGUUGCCUACAAAGCUAAAGGAGAGGAAGUUAUUCACAAGUACAAUCUGCCAGCAGACCUGCCCCAGUUCAUUCAGGCUAAAGUCAAUGCCUACAAUAUCAGUGAGAAUAUGUACAAAGCAGACUUGAAAGAUUUGAGCAAGAAGGGAUACAACCUGAGAAUUGAUGCAAUUCCCAUCAAAGCUGCCAAAGCAGCCAGCCAGGCAGCAAGUGACUUCCAGUACAAAAAAGAUUAUGAAAAGGCCAAAGGGAAAAUGGUUGGCUUCCGAAGUCUCCAAGAUGACCCUAAACUGGUUCAUUAUAUGAACGUGGCCAAAAUACAGUCAGACCGGGAGUAUAAAAAAGACUAUGAGAAGACAAAGACCAGACACAACACGCCCCAUGACAUGGUCAACAUUGUGGCAGCCAAGAAAGCCCAAGAUGUUGCCAGCAAUGUCGGCUAUAAGCAUUCACUCCAUCACUACACCUACCUGCCUGAUGCCAUGGACCUGGAGUUGUCUAAAAACAUGAUGCACAUACAGAGCAAUAAUGUCUAUAAGGAAGACUACAACAACUGGAUGAAAGGCAUAGGCUGGAUACCCAUUGGCAGUCUGGAGGUAGAAAAAGUUAAAAAAGCAGGUGAUGCCCUGAAUGAAAAGAAGUACAGGCAACAUCCAGAUACCCUCAAAUUUACCAGCAUUGUGGACUCCCCAGUUAUGGUCCAGGCAAAACAGAACACACAGCAAGUCAGUGAUAUUUUAUACAAAGCUAAAGGAGAAGAUGUGAAACAUAAAUAUACGAUGAGUCCUGAUCUUCCUCAAUUUCUUCAGGCCAAGUGCAAUGCUUACAAUUUAAGUGAUGUGUGUUAUAAACGGGACUGGCAUGAUUUAAUAGCCAAGGGCACCAAUGUGCUGGGAGAUGCUAUACCCAUCACUGCAGCCAAGGCGUCGAGAAAUAUUGCCAGUGACUAUAAAUACAAGGAAGCUUACGAGAAGGCAAAGGGAAAGCAAGUGGGUUUUAGAAGCCUCCAGGAUGAUCCCAAGCUGGUCCAUUACAUGAAUGUGGCAAAGUUACAGUCUGACCGUGAAUACAAGAAGAACUAUGAAAACACCAAGACCAGCUACCAUACCCCUGGGGACAUGGUUAGCAUUACGGCUGCAAAGAUGGCCCAGGAUGUUGCCACCAACGUCAACUACAAGCAGCCGAUACAUCAUUACACAUACCUCCCUGAUGCUCUGAGUCUUGAGCAUGUCAAGAAUGUGAAUCAAAUUCAGAGUGAUAAUGUAUAUAAAGAUGAGUACAACCACUUCUUCAAGGGCAUUGGGUGGGUCCCAAUUGGUUCUCUGGAGGUUGAGAAGGUCAAAAAAGCAGGCGAUGCAUUAAAUGAGAAAAAGUACAGACAGCACCCAGAUACCAUCAAGUUCACAAGUGUACCUGAUUCCAUGGGCAUGGUUUUGGCUCAGCACAACACAAAGCAGCUAAGUGAUCUGAACUACAAGGUGGAGGGAGAGAAGGUGAAGCACAAGUACACUCUGGACCCUGACGUGCCCCAGUUUAUUCAAGCCAAGGUCAAUGCCUUCAACAUGAGUGAUUCUCAUUAUAAAGCAGAUUGGAAGAAAACCCUUGCUAAGGGCUAUGAUUUGAGACCAGAUGCCAUUCCCAUCGUUGCUGCAAAAAGUUCAAGGAAUAUUGCUAGCGAUUUCAAAUAUAAGGAGGCCUACGAGAAAGCCAAAGGCAAACAAAUUGGAUUUCGCAGUCUUCAGGAUGAUCCUAAACUGGUUCACUUCAUGAAUGUAGCCAAAAUGCAGUCAGAUCGUGAGUACAAAAAGGGCUAUGAAGCCAGCAAGACCAAGUAUCUCACACCUUUGGAUAUGCUCAGCGUGACAGCAGCCAAAAAAUCUCAGGAGGUUGCCACCAACAUGAAUUAUAAACAACCCUUCCACCACUACACCCUGCUGCCUGACGCCUUGAACGUGGAGCACUCCAGGAAUGCGAUGCAGAUUCAGAGUGAUAACUUGUACAAAUCUGACUUCACCAAUUGGAUGAAAGGGAUUGGCUGGAUGCCGUUAGAGUCACUGGAGGUAGAGAAGGCAAAGAAAGCAGGAGAGAUUCUCAGUGAGAAGAAGUACCGCCAGCACCCCGAGAAGCUGAAGUUCACCUAUGCCAUGGACACAAUGGAGCAAGCUCUAAACAAAAGUAACAAGCUGAUUAUGGACAAGAGGCUCUACACUGAGAAAUGGAACAAAGACAAGACCACUAUUCAUGUCAUGCCUGACACUCCAGACAUUUUACUCUCCAGAGUAAACCAGAUCACCCUGAGUGAUAAACUGUACAAAGCUGGCUGGGAAGAAGAAAAGAAGAAAGGAUAUGAUCUGAGGCCUGAUGCCAUCCCAAUAAGGGCUGCAAGAGCCUCCAGAGACAUUGCCAGUGAUUACAAGUACAAGCAAGCCUAUGAACAAGCCAAAGGCAAACAGAUUGGCUUCCGGAGCCUCGAGGACGACCCCAAGUUGGUGCACUUCAUGCAGGUGGCCAAGAUGCAGUCGGACCGGGAGUACAAGAAGGCAUAUGAGAAGUCCAAGACAUCCUUCCACACCCCAGUAGACAUGCUUAGUGUGGUGGCUGCCAAGAAGUCUCAGGAGGUGGCCACCAAUGCCAACUACAGGAAUGUGAUCCAUACCUACAACAUGCUUCCUGAUGCCAUGAGCUUGGAAUUGGCCAAAAACAUGAUGCAGAUUCAGAGUGAUAAUCAGUACAAAGCUGACUAUGCUGACUACAUGAAAGGCAUUGGAUGGCUCCCUCUGGGCUCCCUGGAGGCUGAGAAAAAUAAGAAAGCCAUGGAGAUUAUCAGUGAAAAGAAGUACCGCCAGCAUCCAGACACUUUGAAGUACUCCACCUUGAUGGACUCGAUGAACAUGGUUUUGGCCAAGAAUAAUGCAAAAAUUAUGAAUGAAUACCUCUACAAAAAAGCAUGGGAGGCCGACAAGACCAAAGUCCACAUCAUGCCUGAUAUCCCCCAGAUUAUUCUGGCAAAGGCAAAUGCAAUUAAUAUGAGUGAUAAACUCUACAAACUUUCUUUCGAAGAGGCUAAAAAGAAAGGCUAUGAUCUCAGAACUGAUGCAAUUCCUAUCAAAGCUGCCAAGGCCUCGAGAGAUAUUGCAAGUGAUUAUAAAUACAAACACAAUUAUGAAAAGGAGAGGGGGAAGAUGGUUGGUUUCCGCAGUCUUGAGGAUGAUCCCAAAUUAGUUCAUUCCAUGCAAGUGGCCAAAAUGCAAUCGGAGCGGGAGUACAAGAAAAACUAUGAGAAGACCAAGACCAGCUACCACACCCCUGCCGACAUGCUCAGCGUCACGGCCGCCAAGGACGCCCAAGCCAAUAUCACCAACACCAACUACAAGCACCUGAUUCACAAGUAUAUUCUCCUCCCUGAUGCCAUGAACAUCCAGCUGUCCAAGAAUAUGAAUCGCAUACAGAGUGAUAAUGAAUACAAGCAGGACUACAAUGAAUGGUACAAAGGGCUUGGCUGGAGUCCAGCUGGUUCCCUAGAAGUGGAGAAGGCCAAGAAAGCAACUGAAUAUGCCAGUGACCAGAAAUACCGGCAGCAUCCUAGCAACUUCCAGUUCACAAAGCUGAAUGACUCCAUGGACAUGGUCCUUGCUAAGCAGAAUGCCCGCACCAUGAACAAGUACUUAUACACUGUUGAUUGGAACAAAGAUAAAACGAAGAUUCAUGUGAUGCCAGAUACACCAGAUAUUUUACAAGCCAAGCAAAAUCAAACAAUGUUCAGUGAGAAACUCUAUAAACUUGGAUGGGAAGAAGCUUUGAAAAAAGGCUAUGAUCUCCCAGUUGAUGCAAUUUCUGUGCAGGCAGCCAAAGCUUCCAGAGACAUCGCUAGUGAUUUUAAAUAUAAACAAGGCUACCGCAAGCAAAUCGGCCACCAUAUUGGAUUCCGGAGUCUGCAAGAUGAUCCAAAGCUUGUGUUGUCCAUGAAUGUAGCCAAAAUGCAGAGUGAAAGAGAAUACAAGAAGGACUUUGAGAAGUGGAAAACCAAGUUCAGCAGCCCAGUGGACAUGCUGGGGGUGGUGCUGGCCAAGAAAUGUCAGGCCUUGGUCAGUGAUGUGGACUACAAAAACUACCUGCACGGGUGGACGUGUCUGCCUGAUCAGAAUGAUGUGAUCCAAGCUAAAAAGGCUUAUGAACUACAGAGUCAGAAUUUGUAUAAGUCUGACCUUGAGUGGCUGAAAGGCAUAGGAUGGAGUCCCUUGGGUUCUUUGGAGGCAGAGAAGAACAAACGGGCUUCAGAAAUCAUCAGUGAGAAGAAAUAUCGCCAGCCUCCGGAUACAAACAAGUUCACCAGCAUUCCUGACGCCAUGGACAUAGUUCUGGCAAAGACAAAUGCCAAAAACAGGAGUGAUAUACUUUACAGAGAAGCUUGGGACAAGGACAAGACUCAAGUUCACAUCAUGCCAGAUACACCUGACAUUAUUCUGGCUAAAGCAAACUUAAUCAACACAAGUGAUAAAUUCUACCGAAUGGGUUAUGAGGAGUUGAAGAAAAAAGGUUACGAUCUUCCCGUUGAUGCCAUACCAAUCAAAGCAGCUAAAGCGUCCCGGGAAAUUGCCAGCGAAUACAAGUACAAGGAAGGUUUUCGCAAGCAACUUGGUCACCACAUUGGAGCCAGAAACAUUAAGGAUGACCCCAAGAUGAUGUGGUCCAUGCACGUGGCCAAGAUCCAGAGUGACCGGGAGUACAAGAAGGACUUUGAGAAGUGGAAGACCAAGUUCAGCAGCCCAGUGGACAUGCUGGGGGUUGUGCUGGCCAAGAAGUGCCAGACCUUGGUCAGUGACAUAGACUACAAGAACUACCUGCACCAGUGGACGUGCCUGCCCGACCAGAGCGAUGUCAUCCAUGCUCGGCAGGCCUAUGACCUGCAGAGUGACAAUUUGUACAAGUCUGACCUUCAGUGGCUCAGAGGCAUUGGCUGGCUACCUAGUGGCUCUCUUGAGGAUGAGAAGAACAAGAGAGCUAGCCAGAUUUUGAGUGACCAUGUUUACCGUCAGCACCCAGAUAAAUUUAAGUUUUCCAGCCUUAUGGACUCCAUCCCAAUGGUUUUGGCAAAAAACAAUGCUAUUACCAUGAACCAUCGUCUGUACACAGAAGCCUGGGACAAAGACAAGACCCAGGUCCACAUCAUGCCAGACACACCAGAAAUUACGUUGGCAAGAAUGAACAAAAUCAACUACAGUGAGAGUCUGUACAAACUUGCCCAUGAAGAGGCAAAGAAGAAAGGCUACGACUUGCGAAGUGAUGCCAUCCCAAUUGUGGCAGCCAAGGCCUCCAGGGACAUCAUCAGUGAUUACAAAUACAAAGAUGGUUAUCGAAAGCAGCUCGGCCACCACAUUGGAGCCCGGGACAUCAAAGAUGACCCCAAGAUGAUGUGGUCCAUGCAUGUGGCCAAGAUCCAGAGUGACCGGGAGUACAAGAAGGACUUUGAGAAGUGGAAGACCAAGUUCAGCAGCCCAGUGGACAUGCUGGGGGUGGUGCUGGCCAAGAAGUGCCAGACCUUGGUCAGUGACAUAGACUACAAGAACUACCUGCACCAGUGGACGUGCCUGCCCGACCAGAGCGACGUCAUCCAUGCUCGGCAGGCCUAUGACCUGCAGAGUGACAAUGUUUACAAGUCCGAUCUCCAGUGGCUGAAGGGCAUUGGCUGGGUCCCCAUUGGGUCUCUGGAAGUGGUCAAGUGUAAGAGAGCUGCAGAGAUACUGAGUGAUAACAUCUACCGCCAGCCUCCAGAUACGCUGAAGUUCACCAGUGUACCUGAUUCCCUGGAACAGGUGCUGGCCAAGAACAAUGCCAUCAACAUGAACAAGCGCUUAUACACAGAGGCCUGGGACAAAGACAAGACUCAAGUUCAUAUAAUGCCUGAUACCCCGGAGAUCAUGCUGGCAAGGCAGAACAAACUCAACUACAGUGAGACUCUGUACAAACUCGCCAAUGAAGAGGCAAAGAAGAAAGGCUAUGACUUGCGAAGCGAUGCCAUCCCGAUCGUGGCGGCCAAGGCCUCCAGGGACAUCAUCAGUGAUUAUAAAUACAAAGAUGGUUACCGCAAGCAGCUUGGCCACCACAUUGGAGCCCGGGACAUCAAAGAUGACCCCAAGAUGAUGUGGUCCAUGCAUGUGGCUAAGAUCCAGAGUGACCGGGAGUACAAGAAGGACUUUGAGAAGUGGAAGACCAAGUUCAGCAGCCCAGUGGACAUGCUGGGGGUGGUGCUGGCCAAGAAGUGCCAGACCUUGGUCAGUGACAUAGAUUACAAGAACUACCUGCACCAGUGGACGUGCCUGCCCGACCAGAGCGAUGUCAUCCAUGCUCGGCAGGCCUAUGACCUCCAGAGUGACAACAUUUAUAAAUCAGAUCUCCAGUGGCUGAGAGGCAUUGGUUGGGUCCCCAUUGGGUCUGUGGAUGUGGUCAAGUGCAAGAGAGCUGCAGAGAUACUGAGUGAUAAUAUCUACCGCCAGCGUCCAGACACGCUGAAAUUCACCAGUGUGCCUGAUUCCCUGGAACAGGUGCUAGCCAAGAACAAUGCCAUCAAUAUGAACAAGCGCUUAUACACAGAAGCCUGGGACAAAGACAAGACUCAAAUCCACAUGAUGCCUGAUACACCUGAAAUUACAUUGGCAAGACAAAAUAAAAUAAAUUAUAGUGAGAACCUCUAUCGCCAGGCCAUGGAAGAAGCCAAGAAAGAAGGAUAUGACUUAAGAAGUGACGCCAUUCCUAUCGUGGCUGCCAAGGCCUCCAGGGAGAUUGCGAGUGACUAUAAAUACAAAGAAGCUUAUCGUAAGCAGUUGGGCCACCAUAUUGGUGCCCGAGCGAUACAUGAUGACCCCAAGAUGAUGUGGUCCGUCCACGUUGCCAAAAUGCAGAGUGACCGUGAGUACAAGAAAGAUUUUGAAAAAUACAAGACCAGGUUCAGCAGCCCAGUGGACAUGCUUGGUAUUGUUUUGGCCAAGAAAUGUCAGACUUUGGUUAGUGAUGUGGACUACAAACAUCCUCUGCAUGAGUGGACCUGCCUGCCCGACCAGAAUGACAUCAUCCAUGCUCGGAAAGCUUAUGACCUCCAGAGUGAUAAUUUAUAUAAGUCAGACCUUGAAUGGUUGAAAGGCAUUGGCUGGGUUCCAAUUGGCUCCGUGGAAGUAGUUAGAGCCAGGCGGGCCGGAGAGAUACUGAGUGACAACAUCUACCGCCAGCGUCCCGAUGCGCUGAAAUUUACCAGCAUAACCGAUUCCCCGGAGCAGGUGCUGGCCAAGAACAAUGCUAUAAACAUGAAUAAGCGCUUAUAUACUGAAGCCUGGGACAACGACAAGAAAACAAUCCACGUCAUGCCUGAUACACCAGAAAUCAUGCUAGCCAAGCUCAACCGAAUCAACUACAGUGAUAAACUCUAUAAACUUGCUUUGGAAGAGUCCAAGAAGGAAGGUUAUGACUUGCGUUUGGAUGCCAUUCCAAUCCAAGCAGCCAAGGCAUCAAGAGAGAUUGCUAGUGAUUACAAGUACAAGGAAGGCUACCGCAAACAGCUUGGCCACCACAUUGGGGCCCGAAAUGUUAAGGAUGAUCCCAAGAUGAUGUGGUCCAUCCACGCGGCCAAGAUCCAGAGUGACCGGGAGUACAAGAAAGACUUUGAGAAGUGGAAGACCAAGUUUAGUAGCCCAGUGGACAUGAUGGGGGUGGUGCAGGCCAAGAAAUGUCAGAUCCUUGUAAGCGACAUAGACUAUAAGCAUCCACUUCAUGAAUGGACCUGUCUGCCUGAUCAGAACGACAUCAUUCAGGCUCGGAAGGCUUAUGACCUUCAGAGUGAUGCUAUUUACAAGGCUGAUCUUGAGUGGCUAAGAGGCAUUGGGUGGGUGCCCAUUGGCUCUGUGGUGGUCGAGAAUGUGAAGAGAGCCGGAGAAAUCCUGAGUGAAAGGAAGUACCGCCAGCCUGCAGUCCAGCUCAAGUUCACAAGCAUUACAGACACCCCAGAGAUUGUCCUAGCAAAGAAUAAUGCCCUGAACAUGAGCAAGCAUUUAUAUACGGAAGCCUGGGAUGCUGACAAAACCUCCAUCCAUGUGAUGCCAGACACCCCGGAAAUCUUGCUGGCCAAGAGCAAUUCUGCCAAUGUCAGCCAUAAACUUUACACCAAGGGAUGGGAUGAAUCAAAGAUGAAGGACUAUGAUCUGAGAGCUGAUGCUAUUUCCAUCAAAAGUGCCAAGGCCUCAAGGGACAUUGCCAGUGACUACAAAUACAAAGAAGCAUAUGAGAAACACAAAGGCCACCACAUUGGAGCCCGGAGUGUUGAAGACGACCCCAGGAUUAUGUGUGCCAUGAAUGCAGGGAAGAUUCAAAGUGAAAGGGAGUACAAGAAGGAGUUCCAGAAGUGGAAAACCAAGUUCAGUAGCCCAGUGGACAUGUUAGGCAUCUUGCAGGCCAAGAAAUGUCAGAUUCUGGUCAGUGACAUUGAUUAUCGAAAUUACCUGCAUCACUGGACAUGCUUACCUGAUCAAAAUGACAUUAUCCAAGCCAAGAAGGCCUAUGACCUGCAGAGUAAUGCCAUCUACAAGGCUGACUUGGAGUGGCUCCGUGGCAUCGGCUGGAUGCCUGAAGGAUCUCCGGAAGUAUUGAGAGUCAAAAAUGCCCAGCAUAUCUUCCGAGACAGUGUCUAUCGGACACCUGUGGUGAAACUCAAGUACACAAGUAUUGUUGACACACCUGAAGUGGUCCUUGCUAAAUCAAAUGCUGAAAAUAUUAGUAUUCCAAAGUACAGAGAAGUUUGGGACAAGGAUAAAACUUCAGUCCACAUAAUGCCAGAUACUCCAGAAAUUAAUCUUGCUAGAGCCAAUGCUCUUAACGUGAGCAAUAAACUUUACCGUGAAGGUUGGGAUGAGAUGAAGAUGAGCUGUGACGUUCGGCUGGACGCCAUCCCCAUCCAGGCUGCCAAGGCCUCCAGGGAGAUCGCCAGUGACUAUAAAUACAAGCUUGAUCAUGAGAAGCAGAAGGGACACUACGUGGGCACCCGCACAGCCAGGGACGACAACAAGAUCCGCUGGGCCCUCAUAGCUGGCAAGAUUCAGAAUGAAAGAGAGUACCGGUUGCAUUGGGCCAAAUGGAAGUCUAAGUUCCAGAGCCCCCCGGACAUGCUUUCCAUCGAGCACUCUAAAAACUCCCAGACUCUGGUCAGCGACGUUGAUUACCGCCAUUACCUGCACCAGUGGACGUGCAUGCCUGACCAGAACGACGUGAUUCAGGCCAGGAAAGCUUAUGAUCUGCAAAGCGAUGCUAUUUACAAGGCUGACUUGGAAUGGCUACGUGGGAUUGGGUGGAUGCCAGCUGAUUCUGUUUCUGUCAAUCAUGCCAAGCAUAUGGCAGACAUCUUCAAUGAGAAAAAAUAUCGCACAAAAAUAGAGACUCUCAACUUUACUCCUGUGGAUGACCGAGUUGAUUAUGUGACAGCAAAACAUAGUGGUGAAAUCCUGAACGAUAUUAAGUACCGAAAAGAUUGGAAUGACACAAAAUCAAAGUACACUCUCACAGAAACCCCUCAGCUGCAUGCUGCCCAGGAGGCAGCCCGGAUACUGGACCAGUAUCUCUACAAGGAAAGCUGGGAGAAACAAAAAGCCACCGGUUACAUUUUGCCUCCAGAUGCUGUGCCGUUUGUUCACGCCCAUCAUUCUGGUGAUGUUCAGAGUGAGAAUAUCUACAAAGCUGACUUGGAGUGGCUCCGAGGCAUUGGUUGGAUCCCCCUGGAUUCUGUGGACCAUGUGAGGGUUACCAGGAACCAGGAAAUGGUGAAUCAGAUAAAAUAUAAGAAAGAUGCUCUUGCCAACUAUCCUAACUUUACAAGUGUGGUGGAUCCUCCAGAGAUUGUUCUCGCCAAGAUUAACUCAGUCAAUCAAAGUGAUGUAAAAUAUAAAGAAACAUUUAAUAAACGAAUAAAGGGCAAGUAUAUCUUUUCUCCAGAUACACCAUAUAUCACCCACUCCAAAGACAUGGAAAAACUCUACAGUACCAUACUGUAUAAAAGGGCUUGGGAGGGAACCAAGGCCUACGGCUACACCCUGGACGAACGCUACAUCCCCAUUGUGGGAGCCAAGCAUGCUGACUUUGUGAACAGCGAGCUGAAAUACAAAGAGACGUAUGAGAAGCUGAAGGGUCACUACCUGGCUGGAAAAGAAAUCAGUGAGUUCCCCAACGUGGUUCACUGUCUGGACUUCCAAAAAAUGAGGAGCUUGUUGAACUACAGAAGACAUUAUGAGGACACCAAAGCAGAUGUUCAUAUCCCCCAAGAUAUGAUGAAUCACGUGUUGGCUAAAAGGUGCCAGUACAUCCUCAGUGACUUGGAAUACCGACACUACUUCCACCAGUGGACAUCUCUUCCAGAAGAACCCAAUGUUGUCCGGGUCCGACACGCGCAGGAGAUCUUGAGUGAUAAUGUGUACAAAGAUGACUUGAAUUGGCUGAAAGGCAUUGGGUGUUACGUUUGGGAUACACCCCAGAUCCUCCAUGCGAAGAAAUCAUAUGACCUCCAGAGUCAGAUACUGUACACAGCAGCAGGUAAAGAAAAUCUAAAGAAUUACAACCUGGUCACAGACACACCACUUUAUGUGACUGCUCUUCAAAGUGGCAUUAACGCCAGUGAGGUGAAAUAUAAAGAGAAUUAUCAUCAGAUCAAAGACAAAUAUACGACAGUUCUAGAAACGGUGGAUUAUGACAGAACCAAGAAUCUGAAGGAUCUGUUUAGCAGUAACGUGUACAAGGAGGCCUGGGAUAAAGUGAAAGCCACCAGCUACAUCCUGCCUCCUAACACCGUGUCCCUGACACAUGCCAAGAACCAGAAGUACAUGGCCAGCCAUAUCAAAUACCGUGAAGAAUAUGAGAAGUUCAAAGCUCUUUACACUUUACCCAGAAGUGUUGAAGAUGAUCCGAACACAGCGCGGUGCCUCAGAGUUGGCAAGUUUAACAUCGACCGCCUGUACAGAUCUGUUUAUGAGAAGAACAAGAUGAAAAUCCACAUAGUGCCUGACAUGGUAGAGAUGGUUACUGCUAAGGAUUCUCAGAAGAAAGUCAGUGAGAUCGACUACCGCCUUCACCUCCACGAGUGGAUUUGCCACCCUGACUUGCAAGUCAACAGUCACGUCAGGAAGGUCACAGACCAGAUCAGUGACAUUGUGUACAAGGAUGACCUCACCUGGCUGAAAGGCAUUGGUUGCUACGUCUGGGACACUCCUGAGAUUCUCCACGCCAAGCAUGCUUACGAUCUACGCAACGAUAUCAAGUACAAAGCUCAUGUGCUGAAAACAAGGAACAAUUACAAGUUGGUUACUGACACUCCUGUCUACGUUCAGGCUGUCAAAAGUGGGAAACAGCUGAGUGAUGCUGUCUACCACUAUGACUACGUGCACAGCAUCAGAGGCAGAGUGGCUCCGACCACAAAAACCGUGGAUCUGGAUCGGGCCCUUCAUGCAUACAAACUCCAGAGUGAGAAUCUGUACCGAAAAGCUGGCCUGCAUGCCCUGCCCACUGGAUACAGGCUUCCAGUCGACACCCCUCACUUCAAACACACCAAGGACACCCGAUACAUGAGCAGCUAUUUUAAGUACAAAGAAGUUUAUGAACACAUGAAGGCAUAUGGGUACACACUUGGACCCAAUGAUGUGCCAUUUGUCAACGUCCGAAGGGUCAACAGCAUUACCAGCGAGAGACUGUAUCGACAACUAUACCACAAACUGAAAGACAAGAUCCACACCACUCCCGACACUCCUGAAAUCCGCCAAGUCAAGAAGACUCAAGAGGCUGUCAGCGAGUUGAUUUACAAAUCAGACUUCUUCAAGAUGCAAGGCCACAUGAUCUCGCUGCCGUACACACCCCAGGUGCUUCACUGCCGCUACGUGGGAGACAUCACCAGCGAUAUUAAAUACAAAGAGGACUUGCAGAUCCUGAGGGGACUGGGCUGCUUCCUAUAUGACACCCCAGACAUGGUCCGCUCCCGGCACCUGCGGAAGCUCUGGUCUCACUACCUAUACACCGAUAAGGCAAGGAAGAUGCGGGACAAAUACAAGGUGGUGCUCGACACUCCGGAAUACAGAAAAGUGCAGGAACUGAAGACGCAUCUGAGCGAGCUGGUGUACAGAGCAGCAGGUAGGAAGCAGAAAUCAAUCUUCACUUCAGUUACUGAUACACCUGACCUCACAAGAGCCAAAAGAGGGCAGAAGCUUCAGAGCCAGUACCUAUAUGUUGAACUCGCCACCAAAGAAAGACCCCAUCAUCACGCUGGAAACCAGACCACAGCCCUGAAGCACGCCAGACACGUGAAGGACAUGGUCAGCGAGAACAAGUACAAGAUUCAAUAUGAAAAGAUGAAGGACAAGUACACUCCGGUUCCAGACACGCCAAUCCUCAUCAGAGCCAAGAGGGCUUACUGGAACGCCAGUGAUCUACGCUAUAAAGAAACAUUUCAAAAGACCAAAGGGAAAUACCACACUGUGAAGGAUGCUCUGGACAUCGUUUACCAUCGCACCGUCACAGACCACAUCAGCAAAAUAAAAUACAAGGAGAACUACAUGAGCCAGCUGGGAUUCUGGAGGUCCAUUCCUGAUCGCCCUGAGCAUUUCCACCAUCGGGCAGUCACUGAUGCAGUUAGUGAUGUAAAAUAUAAAGAAGAUUUGACCUGGCUUAGAGGCAUUGGUUGCUAUGCCUAUGAUACUCCCGACUUUACUCUGGCGGAAAAGAACAAGACUCUCUACAGCAAGUAUAAGUAUAAAGAGGUAUUUGAAAGGACAAAGUCAAAUUUCAAGUAUGUUGCUGAUUGUCCAAUCAAUAGGCAUUUCAAGUUUGCGACUCAACUAAUGAAUGAGAAAAAAUACAGAGCUGAUUAUGAGCAGCGGAAAGAUAAAUACCACCUGGUAGUCGAUGAGCCUAGACAUCUGCUGGCUAAGACCGCAGGCGACCAGAUUAGUCAGAUCAAGUACAGAAAGAAUUAUGAAGAAACAAAGGACAAGUUUACCUCAAUUGUGGAUACUCCAGAACACCUACGUACUACAAAAGUCAACAAACAAAUCAGUGAUAUACUGUAUAAGUUGGAAUACAACAAAGCGAAACCCAGAGGCUACACCACGAUUCACGACACGCCCAUGUUGCUGCAUGUCCGGAAGGUCAAAGAUGAAGUCAGUGAUCUGAAAUACAAAGAAGUUUACCAGAGAACUAAGUCCAACUGUACCAUUGAGCCAGAUGCUGUUCAUAUCAAGGCAGCCAAGGAUGCCUACAAAGUCAACACCAAUUUGGACUACAAGAAGCAGUAUGAAGCCACCAAAGCCUACUGGAAAUGGACCCCUGACCGCCCAGACUUCAUCCAGGCUGCAAAGUCGACCCUGCAGCAGAGCGAUUUUGAGUACAAGCUGGACCGAGAGUACCUCAAGGGUUGCAAGCUUUCCGUCACGGAUGAUAAAGACAUGGUGCUGGCCCUGAAGAAUUCUAUAAUCGAAAGUGAUCUGAAAUACAAAGAGAAACACGUCAAGGAAAGAGGAAGCUGCCAUGCCGUGCCUGACACGCCACAGAUCCUCCUGGCAAAGAGAGUCAGCGGCCUGGUGUCAGAGAACAAGUACAAGCAGUAUGUGAAGAAGCACUUGGCGCAGGGUUCGUACACGACGCUGCCAGAGACCCGGGACACUAUUCAUGUCAAAGAAGUGACCAAGAACGUCAGUGAUACAAAUUACAAGAAGAAGUUUGUCAAGGAGAAAGGCAAAUCCAACUACUCCAUCAUGCUGGAGCCCCCAGAUGUGAUACACGCCAUGGACGUGGCCAAGAAGCAGAGUAACGUUGCUUACAAAAAAGAUGCGAAAGAAAACCUGCAUUACACCACAGUGGCCGAUCGGCCAGACAUCAAGAAGGCCACGCAGGCUGCCAAACAGGCCAGCGAGGUGGAGUACAGAGCCAAGCACCGCAAGGAAGGCAGCCAUGGACUCAGCAUGCUUGGUCGCCCUGACAUUGAAAUGGCCAAGAAGGCAGCCAAGCUGAGCAGCCAGGUUAAAUACCGAGAAAAUUUCAACAAAGAGAAGGGCAAGACACCAAAAUACAAUCCAAAAGAUAGCCAGCUCUACAAAGUCAUGCAAGAUGCUAAUAAUCUUGCAAGUGAGGUUAAGUAUAAGGCUGAUUUGAAGAAACUUCACAAACCUGUGACUGACAUGAAGGAAUCUCUGAUAAUGAACCAUGUCUUGAAUACAAGCCACCUUGCCAGCUCUUACCAGUACAAGAAGAACUAUGAGAAGAGUAAAGGCCACUACCACACAAUACCUGACAAUCUGGAGCAGCUUCAUCUAAAAGAGGCCACAGAAUUACAGAGUAUCGUGAAAUACAAAGAAAAGUACGAAAAGGAACGAGGGAAGCCUAUGCUAGAUUUUGAAACACCAACGUACAUCACUGCCAAGGAGUCUCAGCAGAUGCAGAGUGGGAAAGAAUAUAGGAAAGAAUAUGAAGAGACCAUUAAAGGCAGAAACCUGACUGGCCUGGAGGUCACACCAGCUCUAUUACAUGUCAAAUAUGCAACCAAAAUAGCCAGCGAGAAAGAGUACAGGAGAGAUCUAGAGGAAAGCAUCCGUGGGAAGGGUCUCAGUGAAAUGGAAGACACACCGGAUAUGCUAAGAGCAAAGAAUGCCACUCAGAUCCUCAACGAGAAAGAAUAUAAGAGAGAUCUGGAGCUGGAAGUCAAAGGAAGAGGUCUGAAUGCCAUGGCCAAUGAAACUCCCGACUUCCUGAGAGCCAGGAAUGCUACAGAUAUUGCCAGUCAGAUUAAGUAUAAGCAAUCAGCAGAAAUGGAAAAAGCCAAUUUCACUUCUGUGGUUGACACUCCGGAGAUCAUUCAUGCCCAGCAAGUCAAGAACCUUUCAAGCCAGAAAAAGUACAAGGAAGAUGCAGAAAAGUGCAUGUCAUAUUAUGAGAUCGUUUUGGACACCCCGGAGAUGCAGAGGGUCCGGGAGAACCAAAAGAACUUCAGCCUUCUCCAAUACCAGUAUGACCUUAAAAACAGUAAAGGAAAAAUUACAGUUGUUCAAGACACACCAGAAAUACUGCGUGUUAAAGAAAAUCAAAAGAAUUUCAGCUCGGUUUUAUAUAAAGAGGAUGUCUCACCAGGAACGGCGAUUGGAAAGACACCGGAGAUGAUGAGAGUGAAGCAAACCCAGGACCACAUUAGCUCGGUGAAGUAUAAGGAGGUGAUUGGACAAGGAACGCCCAUCCCAGACCUGCCUGAGGUGAAGCGCGUCAAGCAGACACAGAAGCACAUCAGCUCGGUUAUGUACAAAGAGAACCUGGGAACAGGCAUUCCAACCCCUGUCACUCCAGAGAUUGAAAGAGUCAGACGCAAUCAAGAAAACUUUAGCUCGGUUUUGUACAAAGAAAAUUUGGGGAAAGGAACCCCAACACCUAUCACUCCAGAGAUGGAGAGAGUCAAACGCAAUCAAGAGAACUUUAGCUCGGUGUUAUACAAAGAAAACAUGGGCAAGGGAACCCCUUUACCUGUCACUCCAGAGAUGGAGAGAAUCAAACACAAUCAAGAAAAUAUUAGCUCGGUUUUGUACAAAGAAAAUGUGGGCAAAGGCACCCCAACCCCUGUCACUCCAGAGAUGCAGAGAGUCAAACGCAAUCAAGAGAACAUUAGCUCGGUAUUAUACAAAGAGAACCUGGGGAAAGCCACCCCCACACCCUUUACUCCUGAGAUGGAAAGAGUCAAACGCAAUCAAGAAAACUUUAGCUCGGUGUUGUACAAAGAGAAUAUGAGAAAAGCAACUCCGACACCGGUCACUCCAGAGAUGGAGAGAGCUAAGCGCAACCAAGAAAACAUUAGCUCGGUGCUUUAUUCUGAUAGCUUCCGGAAACAAAUCCAAGGCAAAGCUGCCUAUGUCUUGGACACGCCAGAGAUGAGACGGGUGAGAGAGACCCAGCGCCACAUCUCAACAGUGAAAUAUCAUGAAGACUUUGAGAAACACAAGGGUUGCUUCACACCGGUGGUGACAGACCCCAUCACUGAGAGAGUGAAGAAGAACACACAGGACUUCAGUGACAUUAGCUACCGGGGUAUUCAGAGGAAAGUGGUAGAAAUGGAACAGAAACGGAAUGACCAGGAUCAGGAAACUAUUACAGGUUUACGUGUCUGGCGUACCAAUCCUGGCUCAGUUUUUGACUAUGAUCCAGCAGAAGACAAUAUUCAGUCCCGAAGCUUACACAUGAUUAAUGCACAAGCUCAGCGCCGGAGCCGGGAGCAGUCUCGAUCAGCCAGCGGGCUAAGCAUCAGUGGUGGAGAGGAGAAGUCAGAGCAUUCAGAAGCUGCCCACCUCUCCACCUACAGUGAUGGGGGUGUCUUCUUCUCUGCAACCUCCACAGGUUACAAACAUGCAAGAACCACAGAGCUCCCACAGCAACGAUCAUCUUCAGUUGCUACCCAGCAGACAACGGUAUCCUCCAUCCCAUCCCAUCCGUCCACUGCUGGAAAAAUCUUCCGUGCCAUGUAUGACUAUAUGGCUGCUGAUGCAGAUGAGGUGUCCUUCAAAGAUGGAGAUGCCAUUGUGAACGUUCAAGCUAUAGAUGAAGGCUGGAUGUAUGGCACUGUGCAGAGGACUGGCAGGACUGGCAUGCUCCCAGCCAAUUAUGUUGAAGCUAUUUAGACACUUCAAAGCAUCAAUCCUGUCUACAGGACCUACAAAUCUUGUUAGUAUUUCAGUUUAGACUCGCCACUAUUCUGAGUUCUCAAACUGCCUAAUAGUUUUUGUUAUGAUUUACAGUUGUACCAUCCCUUCAUUUGUUUCUACACAUACCUGAGUAAUUCACCAGUAAACAUAUUAGUACAAUUAAUCUAUCCAAUAAUUAAACUAGACUUUCCUCUAUUUUCUGGACUUGCACAUAAAACCUGAGACAACAUUAAACACAUAGGUUUUUUUUUAUAAUUAAAAAAUUUUCCUGAGUUUUAAAAUGAUUUCAGCACAGACAUUUAAAAAAGUUUCUGCAUUGUUAUAACAUUGCUGUAUCAACCAAGAGUCUUUCUCCAUUAUUAAAAUGUUUAACAGUAUUUCUUUUCUAAAUCAAGAGUUCUAAACAUGUUAAACACAUUUUAAAAAAAUGGCAGAUACUUACCUAUUCCUUGCUUAUUGACUGCUGAUACUUUUAUUUCUAAUCCAGUUCUGAAGUUAUGAAGCUGAUAGUCAAUAUAAACUGGUGUUACACUAGUGUGUAAUAAAAUCUAUAAUUCUGCAACAAACACCA